AAACAUAACACAACAGGACACAAUAACCAACUGUGCAAAACAUGAAAUGUAAAUCUUUUUUCUGGCUGAGCCUUGUGCAAUCUUGUUUAAUUGACUUAACCUAUUAUGGAGAGGUAGCCGUCUCCUUCAGCACUGACUCAUUACUCUUCCACACUCUACCUUGAUAACUUGCCCCUUGAUUCUUCGUCCUUAGUCCACAUCCACAGACCUUGAGUGACUAACAUCGAUCCUUAUUAAGUACAUCAGUUUCUUCUAUCUUCUAUUUUUCUGUCACUCAAAGGAAAGUCAUGGGAAAUGCACACAGUGGAGGGAUUCCCAGAGAGAUCCUGGAUGACCUCAAGCUGACUACCAGGUUCUCUGAAUCUGACAUCACCCAGUGGUAUGAGAACUUCCAGAAGCAGUGUCCUACAGGUCGCAUCACACUACAACAGUUUGAGGAGAUCUAUGCUAAAUUCUUCCCCGAGAGUGAUGCUAAGGCUUAUGCCCAACACGUUUUUCGGUCAUUUGACACCAAUGAUGAUGGUACAUUAGACUUUAAAGAGUACAUUGUUGCACUUCACAUGACCUCCUCGGGCAAGUCGACCUUGAAGCUGGAGUGGGCCUUCUCACUGUUUGAUGUGGACAAGAAUGGUUACGUCACAAAACCUGAAGUGACUGAACUCAGCCAGGCAAUUUUCAAUCUCAUACCAAAAGAGAAGCAGGCAAAUCUUCCCAGUGAUGAGAGCACGCCAGAGAAGAGAGCACAGAAACUCUGGGCCAUCUUUGAAAAAAAGGACAAUGAACGAGUCGCAGAGGGAGAGUUCAUUGAAGCCAUUCAGUCAAACGAUGCUGCGCUAAGGCUCAUUCAGUACGACCACAAAUGACACACCGUGAUCAUGUUCAUGCAAACAGCAGUUUUGUCAUGCUUGACUUCAUGUGCAUUUGUUGUAUAUUAAAUGUGUUAAUUAAAGAUUUGCCAUCCUUGAUUUGUGUUUCGCCAUUGUAUUCUGCUAGUUUCACAUGGGCCUAUCUUUUUAUUAAAGCAACUGUAUGUAAGGUUUUAUUUUCCCUGAAAUAUUAGUAUCAAAGACUAAUAUGGCACCACACUCACUUCUAAUAAGAAAAAAAGUCUUCUGUUUGUUUCCCAAAUUCACUCCAAAUGCCUGGUUUGGGUGUGUGUAAGUUCAGUGAGUGGGUACAAAAUUCCGCCAAUAGGGCGGAUUGCUUUACGGCAGCAACGAAUGCACGUGAACAGCUGUCCAAUGUGGCUCCAAAGUCAAAAAAAUAUAUACAAAACUACAUACAGUUGCUUUAAGCAAUAGAUGCCAUUUUUUAAAAAUAGUUGCAAUAUUGUAUUCUGUUCCAUUUGACUGUAAUUUCUAGGUUAUGUGUAUGUUUGAUUUCUGUCAUGCAUUUGUUAAAUUAGAGGUUUGUAUGCAUGGCACUUUGUUUAAUCACAUACCUUCUAAUAGUCUUUUUUUGGACGGCAGUUUGUAGGUUUAUGUUCAGUUGAUGUUUGCCAUUGUUUAGUGUCGAUUUGAAACUGUUUUAUUAUUCUCUCACAUUAAGAUGGUGUCAUUUCAUUGUAUGCUAAUCCAAACAAGCUUUUCAUGGUUUACUUUUGCACUAUAUUACAGUAUAGUCAUGUAAAGAUGACAUUUUUUACUUUUUCCUCCAGACAGACUAUUAUUGGUUGGUUAUUGAUUGAUUGGAAUAUUUUAAAAAUAACAAAUGCAAUUUUGUGUGUACUUUUAACAUAACUUGAAUAUGUAUGCCAUAAC